CGCGGUUCACAAACAAGCUUUCCGGAUUUCCCGGAUUUUCCCGGAUUUUUCCUUUAUCUGUUCAUUGUUAACUAAACGACAUCCUUGUGAAUUUCCGGUGUUCUGUCCGGUGAGCCCCGGUUGUUCCUGUACGCGGCUGUGAACGUUGCAUUUUCGUGUUUUUCGUUUGUGCGGUUUUGGAGGGAAGCCGCUGGCGUGUACAUAACCUAUUAACGGUUAUUGUUUAAUUUAACGCUAAAAUGCGCAAACGAUCGCUAUCCGUUGCUUACGAACGGAGUAAUAAUGCCGACAGUUUCUCCAAAAAGUUCGAAGGAGUUGCUUCAGAUGCCGACGAGGACGCGACCGAUUAUGAGGAAGAAAACGAAGAGGAUGAGGAGGAGAUCGAUGAGGGAGGAACAGAAGGCGAAGCUGGAGCUGGAAGUGAUGAGCUGUGGCCGGCUGGCGAGUAUGAGAAACUGCUCAAUCAGCUGCGCUCCGUUCUACCAAAGAACGAUAAACGAUCGCACAGUUCCCGUUUGAAGGUGAUCGAGUGGGACAAGGUGGCCUUCGACGGUCACUCGGCGGAGAACGUUAAGCAGCAGACGUACGGUUUGCUGAAGAAAGUGCGCAAAUUCCGUACUCUAGCGGAAUUGCUCGAUGAUGUCCCACAGGUUAUCAAGAAGAGGAUGCGAGCGGAAAUGCCGAAAGCCCCGCUUUCGUCGUACAUCCAUUUCAUGAAGGAGGUCUACAGUAGCUACCAACAACGCUACCAAACCGUUUCCCCUUCGGAUUUGGUGAAGAUCAUCGCUCGGGAUUUUGCGCAAUUAUCCGAGAAGAAAAAGGCUAAAUAUGAGCGAAUGGCUGCCGAAUCGAAAAAAACAUACCAAAUCGAGAUGGAGAAGUACCACCAAGAGCAUCCAGAAAGCAGCCAAACCAACAAGCGAAAUCGAUCAAAGGCAAGAUCCCGUGCCUUGAAGGUAACUCCAUUCAACGUAUUCUGCAGCGAGCGACGUGAAACGGAGCCUAAGCUGUCGCACGCUGAGUUAAAGAAGAGCUGGAGCGAGCUGGGAAUGAACCAUCGGCUAAAGUACAUCCGCAAAGCUUACGCCAAUGCCGACGCCGAUGCGGUGAACCUCACGAAAACAGAAAAGGAAAUGUUGGACAAGGCGAUCGGGAAACCGGAAGCGGUCGGACGAUCGUGUAGUGAUUACUAUGUAAAGUUUCACGCCGAACCGGACAUACAGAUUCCGAUCAUAGAGUGGCGUAAGUUGAAGAUCCAGGAAUUCAAAUCGCUACCGAAGAUGCGCCGCUUAGAGUUGGAGCUAGAGUUCCGGAAGGCGCGGGCCAAGUUCGUCACGGAUUACCAAAAGUACAUCGAGGCCCUGCCAGACCGGGAGCGGGACAAAGAGAUACAAUUCCUGCAAGGGUACAUGGAGAGCGUGUUGGAUAAGGAGGAAAAGAAACGGUUACAGAUGGAAGGAGGAGGUGGUGGAAAUUCAACCAGGACAGCACACAACGUGACGGUCAACGAUACCGUGGUCGAUGCGCAUCCGCUAGCUGAAUCGACCAUCAAUCACUUCGAUACGCCAGGAAAAAGCAAAUCAAUGAAAAAGGAUGCAUCGUUGGCAGCAAUGGCACCACCGCCGACCGUCCCUAAUCCCACUAAGCCGUUGAAGUCCAUCCUCAAAAGUCCGUCACCGGUGAAGGGAGCCAGCAGCAAGCGUGCCAUCAUCGAGGAGCCCGAUACAUCAGCAACCGAGCAAGUGGCUAAGAAAAAGCAGAAAAAGGCAGACACGACGACUUCUGUCGCCGCAGAGCCGUCACCUGUGAGAGAGAAAAAGAGCUCGAAAUCUAAAUCGCAACCGGCAUCUGCUGCACAACCAUCGAACGAAGAUGAUCGCGAGGGUUCGGAUAGUGGUGCGGGGAAGAAAAAGCAAAACGCACCUCCAGUUAUGAGUGAGCCACGCGCUCCACCGAAAAAACUGUUGGACUAUUUCAUUCAGGAGCAUUACUCUGGUAAACGUAGCAAGGCAGAGGAAGCUUUCAAUAAGCUGUCCAGCAACCGGCGGAAGGAGAUGCAGCGUGAACUAAAGACUGCCCACAAGCGAUACGUACUGGAGCUGGAAGCAUAUUUUAAAACCCUGCCAAAGCACCAGAUUGAGAAAUACUUGAAGAAAAUUGAAGCGAAAAAGGGGGAUGACAGUGCUGAAGAGGAUGACAGCGAGGACGAUAACACAAGUGGCGAGCUACCUGCUAAUGGAACCAAGCAAGAACCGCAAGACAGCAGUAGCGGUGAAAGCGACGACUCGGACGACGACUGAGAAUUCUCGUUAAGCAGCCGGACCGGUCUCCGCCUGGGGAGAUGGUUACAUUGUUCGUAACUGUUGUUUCCUAUUAUUGUAGAGUUCACAAUGCGGGUCUUUGGUUUUACACGUGUGCAUGUGAAAUAACGGACCUUUUUUUUAAAGAACUUUCCACCAUACGUUGUUACGCGUAAGGUUAACUAGAACAAAUUUAAAUAAAGAAAUAAUGAAAGAGAAACCAUGUAUUUUGUAU